CGGGACUGCCAGGUUGGAGAAGCUUCAGAAGGAGUCAAGCUGAGCCAUGGCACACACACCAGAAGCCUCCCCCCGCCAUCUGAUGCACCAAUUCUGGGAAGAGCACUCGCGGGACUCCUCGCUGCAGGAAAUGAUGCUGGACUCAGGAGCGCAGGAACUCACGCUGGAAGACACGCCUGAGAUCCUCAGCCUCCUGCCUUUCCUGGAAGGACAAGACGUGUUAGAACUGGGAGCCGGGAUAGGCCGAUUCACUGGAUCGCUGGCAGACGUAGCCCAUCACGUUACCGCGGUUGAUUUUAUGAGUAGCUUCCUGAACCGGAAUCAGCAAGAAAACGGUCAUCGGAGCAACAUAACAUUUUCUCAGGCUGACGUUACCAACCUGAAACUGCCAAGCCAGAGCUUCGACCUCAUCUUCUCCAACUGGCUGUUCAUGUACCUCUCGGAUGCCGAGCUGAGCGCUUUGGCCCAGCAGAUGCUUUUCUGGCUACGACCGCAGGGGCGCAUUUUCUUCCGGGAAUCCUGUUUCUACCAGUCAGGAAACAGCCCAAGACGUUUUAACCCUUCGUUGUACCGAAAGCCUGCCGAAUACAAUCAUCUCCUCACUUCAGCCCGAGCGACGAUUGGAAGCGAGUCCUAUGGCUUUGAGAUCGUCCUGUCCCGAUCAGUGCAGACUUACAUAAAGAGAAAGCAAAACCAGAAUCAGAUUUGCUGGCUUCUCCAAAAAGUCCCCCGGGAGCAAAAAAACACGCUUGGAUAUGACACGUUCCAGAAAUUUCUAGACAACGAACAAUACGCCACACGGAGCAUCCAGCGCUACGAAUGGAUCUUCGGACCUGCGUUUGUCAGUGUAGGCGGCUUGGAUACCACCAAGGAGCUGGUUCGCCUGCUGGAUUUGAAACCAGGUCAACGUGUGCUGGACGUGGGCUGUGGACUUGGGGGUAGUGAUUUCUACCUGGCGAAGGAAUUUGGCGUGGAAGUGUUAGGCCUGGAUCUUUCAUCCAACAUGGUGGAGCUGGCCUUGGAACGGGCCCAGAAGGAACCCAGUUCGUUGGUCCAAUUUGAAAUCAGUGACGUGACCCGGAGAACGUUCCCAGAAGCCUCCUUUGGUAUUGUUUACAGUCGAGAUACUGUCUUGCACAUAGAAGAUAAAGUUAGUCUUUUUCGGCGGCUCCUGUCGUGGCUAAAACCCGGCGGGCAGCUUCUCAUCUCCGAUUAUUGCUGCGGGCAACGUCCGUGGUCCAAAGCUUUCACCCAAUACGUCAAGCAGAGGAGGUACAGCCUGCUCACCCCUGAAGACUACGGCCAGGUAUUGCAAGAGGCUGGAUUUGUGCAGGUCAAAGUUUUGGACUCAACCGAGCGGAUGUUGUCUGCUUUGACCCAAGAGCUUCAAAGAUUGGAGACAAGCCGGGAGAAAUUUGUUCAGGAAUUCUCAGAGGAUGAGUUUAAGUCCAUGGUCUCUGGGUGGCAGGAGAAACUGCAACGCUGCGCGGAUGGGGACCAGCGCUGGGGGGUCUUCCUCGCCCAGAAGCCACAGUAGAGCAAGGCAGGAACCCACAUCAUCCUUUGGUGAUCUCCAAAACCUUUCUGAACCUCCAGCUUUUAGCAGCAACUCCAAAUGUGAACGUCCUGGCUUGGCUUCCUGGCUGCUCCCCAUGGAUUUGCAAGUCCCACCGGCUUCCUUUGGGAACACAGGGUUAGAGAAGACGUCUCUUUCCACUCAACCACGCUCCUGGCCCUUUUAGCAGAUGGCCGGGGGCUGAGUCAUCCCAGGGUGGUUGGCAAGCGGGAGUUUGUUGCUCUGCGUCUCCCUCCUUUCCACCCAUCUGUUUUUCCUUUAGUUGCAUUGCUUCCUUCCAAAAUCCGUCUCCAAAAUUAGUAGAGUGCAAGGAAUGUCACACCCCUGCCAUCUCAGCCUGGGUCUCGGCAGACAAAGAAUUCUGCAGAACUCCGAAGAUUACACAGUUGCCCUUCGUCCUGUCCAACUGUCCUAAUAAAAGUACAGCUGUCAUAUGGAUUUUAGAUGUUUUUUCCCCCUUCGGAUUCAUAGAGUGGCAUUUGCUCCUGCAACUGAUUUGCUGCUAGUCCUGUUUUUCUCAACAUGAAUGUUCGGAUCCAAUGGGUUUUAGGUCUUUAAAAGCAUUUUCCUGUAUUUUGCCCUCAACCACCCAUCCCAUCAGGGCAUUCUAGGAAAAGAAGCUAGCAGUGACUGGUGGAGGCAAAUUCCUGUCGGGGACUUCCAAAAAUGAGAGAGACAGAGAGGAUUUGGAAUCCAAACACCGGAUCUUUUCCUGUGCAAUGUUUAUCAUUGUUUAGAACUGGGGAAGGAUUUUAAUAAAAUUAACUUGGUCUCCUCUUC